AUGGAGAUCAGCCUGCCCUCCAUCUGUGCAGCUCUUGUUUCUGCCGGCGGCCUGGCUUACGCUUGCUUCUACAGCUGGCUUUGGGACUGCCACCUCCGCGCGUAUCCGGCCUAUCGCGGCAGGUACCCGCGGCUGUGGCUGGAUCUCGCCACGCACAUCCUUACGCUGAAACGGCUCUGGGGGUUCUCGACAAGUUUUCUCAGGAAGCUGCCGGACUUCUACAUCGUUGGCUGCCCCAAAUGUGGCACCAGUGCCAUCUACCAAUACCUCGCCCUUCAUCCCCGAAUCGUGGAGCCGGCCUUCAAGGAAUCCCGCUUCCUGUGGGGCUUUGUCGGGUUAAACCUCUCGGCACUUCGCUACCGGUCGAUCUUCCCGUUGUGGUGGGAAUGCCCUCUUGGACACCUGACCUUUGAUGCAGAUUGUACAGUUGCCACAGCGCCGAGGCUUGCUGCUGCUCUUCUUCGCCAGCUGACCCCAAAGGCCAAGAUCGUCAUAUCCCACCGUGACCCCGUGGAAGCGGCGUGGUCCAUGUACAAGUUCCGAUCGCGCAUCAAAGGACGUUUCGACUUCGGCUGGACGUUUGACCAGAUGUUCAAGAUGGAGAUGGACUUGGACGCUUCUCCAUCUUGGGCCCACAUGGAUACCCUGGCUGCUUCGUUGGAUGCUGGCGCCACUUCAGUUACGAUCACUCCCCAAAUCGGUCAUUGUGGAGUGAACUCGACCCUGCUGCGGCCGCAACGCAUUGCUGACGUACUUGAGGCCUUUGAGUCACGCUUUGGCCGCGACAACGUGUUGCUCAUCAACUUUGCAGACCUAGCGGCAGAUGCGCAGGGGACAGUGCGACGCAUCUAUAGCUUCCUGGACUUGGACUCCACGGUUGAGCUCCCUCCACUAAACAAAGUGGAACCUGAAGAAGUGCUGGAUAUGGCCGUGGAGCCCAGCGCAAACGGCAACGCCAAUUCUUCGUGUCCGCAGGACAUCUUGGAACGGCUGGACAUGUAUUAUGCUGAGCAGAAGCAUAGGUUUGCAGCGAUGCUGUCCAACAGGUAG